GUUGUGUAUGACUCAUAUGUUACGCAAUAACCAAAUAUCGUCUAUAAAUACUUCAAAUCUGUCACUGGACGUUCAGAUGAAUAAAAACAGGAGUUAGAAUGUUGUUUUCGAUUAUAUUAGUCCUUCAGAUAUUCGCUAUAGUGUCAAACCAAGACAUCAAUGAAGACGAAAGAACAAUAUUACAAGCAGCAUACAAGAAUACGUUAGAAAAUCUGGAACAGGCAGAGCAUUAUAUUAAAGAAACCAAGAAGAGCUUAGAAUCUUUAAGUGAACUCUUAAAAGGAGACACCGCUACUUCAAAGGAAGAUGUAAACAAAGUUGAGGAUGACAAGAUUGAUAUGACGGAUGUUUAUAAGAUACUUGAUAGUAAAAAUGUACGGGAAAGAAUCGAUCAACAAAAACGACCAGAACAUGCUACUGGUACGGGUACAGAUUUUCUUAGUAAAGUCCUGGGAUCCACCUACAAAAGAUUACAAGAGGAGAAAUCUGAGAUUGGUGUUAGCGGAUUUAAAAUACGGUUCGUGAAUGAUGAAAACAGAGAUUAUUUCAUUGCGUGUAUUGAAUUUGACGUAGAUGAUAUUUACCAAGAUUUGGUCAUAAAGUCAUACAUAAGAAUACAGAAUGAAUUUGUAAUUAUCUUUCCAGAAUGGUGUGGGUCAGGUGUUUGCCUACUACAACAGAGAGAGUGGCGUCGUCAUAAACUAAUUUUAGUACUGAGAAAGUCCAUGGUAUCAACUGACCCAGGCAGCAUUCUUAUGAUGACUUACGUUACUAUGAGCAAGGCAGACGAUUUAUUCUUUCAUUUAAUUAUUCCACAAGACAAAAAUUUAUCGUCAUACAAGAAUGCUAAACAAGAGUUGGUUCCAAGUUACGAUAUACAAUACGCCAACCAAUCAACAAUAGUUUAUAAUCCAAGUGAUUAUCUUGACGAUAUACAUCUGUUCACAAAAAUAGAGUCAGUAACCGCCAAUUUGACUUCUGUCUAUUCAUCAACCAACUUUUAUACCAACGAAUCCGUUUCAAUUUCCAAUGAAACUGACGAAAAUUCCAUUACAUCAUCUUCUGCAAUGGCAAUUAUUGAUAAUUCUUUUGACCUAUCCGACCCCCUUACUAACAAUGGUAUAUAUUCCAAUACUAUUCGAUUUAGGUCACGUGAUGAUGCUUUUAUAGACUGGUCACUCUAUAUAAACAGGGUGUAUAGAGUUUUCCCCGAAAAUCAAUCGAAGCCAAAAGCAUUGUCGAAAACAGCUAUGAAAUGUUAUAAUACAGCACAACCAAUAUCUGUGAAGCUCGGAGCAGCUAUUUCUGUGGAGUGCAGAGUGAUUGGUAUGACUAGUCCCGAAAUAAAGGUGUAUCAAUUGAGAAGCCCAAACGGGCCGAGGUCGAAUGAUUUUUCUGGUUUUUAUAUUUUGAAAUAUACAAACGAGUUUGCGUCAUCUAUAAUAAUGACAACAUAUAGCGUACAACUUGAAGAUGAAGGGGAAUACUACAUCACUGCAGGUUCCAACGACAUGUAUCUGUCAGAAUCCUUCAGACUGAAUGUGACCGAAGAAGAGGAUUAAAAUAAAAAAAUAUAAAAAUGAC